AUGCAUUCCUCAACAGUCAUUGCAACGGCAGCCGCCCUCUUCCUCGGAGCCGAGGCCGGCGCCGUGCCCCGUCAAGAUCCCCACAUCACCGACUUCCGAAUCUGGAGCGAGCAGGGAUGCGGAGCGGCCGGCAAUCUCGGCGUCUGGACAAUCACCAAGUCGCAGACCGACGUGUGCCAGACAACUUUUAACGCACCGGACAAUGUCGUCAAGGCGAUUCGUCUUAGCAGCCUGACAGAUGGCUGUGAAAUGAUUGCUUACCCUAACGCUGAUUGUGGAGAGGGAGGUCGCCAAGUCGGCGUCCAGACCUGCGAGGAGUGGAGCGAUGUCGCCGAGAACUUCUUGAGCUUCAAGGUCAUCUGCUCUUAG